AAAAGCGGCCCAUCCUCCUCCUCCUCCCCGCCGACGGGGGAAGGCGGAAAAGCGAAGCGGUCAGCGGGCCCCUCCCCGGGUUUAUAUGCGCCUGGCCGGAUUCCUGCCGGCCCCGGAGAAGAAAGAGAAGGGGCAGCAGCGCGGAGAGGGCUUACCUUCCCCGGCCAUGUGCUCGGUGAGCGAGGCGAGCAGCACGGACCCGCUGGCGGCCCGCUUCAGGCAGGUGGAGGAGACGCUGGAGAAGCUGCACCGGGAGAACCGGAGCCUGAAGAACAAAGUGCCCCGCUACAACGCGCUCUGCGCCUUGUACCACGAGUCCGCCCAGCAGCUGAAGCACCUCCAGCUGCAGCUGGCCGCCAAGGAGGCCACCAUCCGGGAGCUGCGGAGCGGCCUGGCCCGCCAGUCCUCGGCGGCAGCGGUGGCGGGGGGCGAGGCGGGGGCUGGGGGCGCGGAGCCGGCCCGCUCGCUGGUGGAGAGCCUGCUGGAGCAGCUGGGGCAGGCCAGGGAGCAGCUGAGGGACAGCCAGCGCCUCUCGGAGAAGAAAAUGGAAGCUCUCAGCCAGGAAGUACAGAGGUUGAAUCAGCAACUAGAAGAGAAAAAUGGAGAGAUACAGCAAAUGAUAAAUCAGCCUCCAUAUGAAAAGGAGAGAGAAAUCUUACGACUUCAGAAGAGCUUGGCAGAAAGAGAGAAGGCUCAGGCCACCAGCGAUGUUUUGUGCCGUUCACUGACUGAUGAAACUCACCAACUUCAACGCAAAUUAGCAUCCACAGCAGAAAUGUGUCAACAUCUGGCAAAAUGUCUGGAAGAGAAGCAAAGAAAGGAGAAGGGGAAUUCAGAUGACCAGACACCUACUGAAAGAUCUAAUCAGCUUUUAGACAAUGAAACUUCACUUCAAGCUCUUGUCUGCAACCUACGAGAUGAAAACAGGAUGUUAAAACAAAAAGUAGCUCACGUGGAAGACUUAAAUGCCAAAUGGCAGAAGUAUGAUGCCAGUAGGGAUGAGUAUGUGAAGCGACUCCACCUGCAGCUGAAAGAGAUGAAGUCACAGCUGGACCAGCAGCACGGAGUAACUUCAGCACAAACCAAUUCUGACCUGAUGCACAAGGAGAUAUUCCGGUUAAACAAGCUCCUGGAAGAAAAAAUGAAUGAAUGCAUAAAAAUAAAGAGAGAAUUAGAAGAUGUGAAGAAGGCUAGCGAAGGAGAUAAUGAGCGCAUACAAAUGCUGGAAGAACAGGUCCUAGUUUAUAAAGAUGAUUUCAAGUCUGAGAGAUCAGACAGAGAACGAGCACAGAGUAAAAUACAAGAGCUUCAGGCAGAAGUUGCCUGUCUGCAGCACCAGCUAGCAAGAAGACAGGACUCAAGAGACACAGGUAGUCACUUCAGAGCUCACACUGGUAACCAAAAUCACAUGUAUGUACAGACGAACGUUGAACAUCUACGAGGCAAUAGUCCAGGCCAAACAGGCACGAGAAGAACAUCUUCACAGUCUGAACAAGCCUCUCCUCCUGUGGACAAUGGAAACUCAGGAUCCGAGGGCCGGGCACAGGGUGAACUCAGAUGUCCUCAUUGUAUGAGGUUUUUCAGUGAUGAACUCAGUGAUGAAUUCCUCAAGCACGUUGCUGAAUGUUGUCAGUGACCACGUUAUGUGAGGCUUGUAAGUCGAUCACUACUUUAAAGACAGUAAAACUUUGUGCAUAUCUCCUACAGUCCUAAACCACAGUCAUUCAAAUGGACAGCUCUUAGGAACUGGGAGCAUGCACAAUAUCUACCUCUUACUUGAUUUCUCCUGCUCUUGGGACUGUGUGAAAGACUUCAAGAUAAAGCAAAGUGUUUUUGCGAAGAAUCAUUUCUGACAACUACAGGGAAGGCAAGAAUAAUGCAAAUUCUACUACAAACUAAACUGAAACUUAGGCUGGUAGUUAGCGUCAGAGUGCAGCUUGACUCCUAUUUGAGUCUAAUUCUUGACAGCAGUCUGAAGACUUGGGAAAAAAAUAACUGAACUUGAAAUUUUCCUCCUCUUCCAAAAAUGUAGGCUGCAGAAUGGGGAAGGAGCACUUUAGCAGAAGAUAGGAAAAACCUUACUGCGCUUUAUCUGGAUUAAAAAUGAAAGUAUUUUCUUGGCUGAACUUUCAGACAUCUCAUCUGAAAAUCCUAGCGUUCAACUGAAAUCAGCAGAAGUGAAGAAAACAUGAAAGGGCUGGUUAUUGACUAAAACUAGCCUGUCUUUUUGCACAGAAACAAUGUACAGGGAUAUUUAUUUUUUUUUCUGUGCCAUAAGUAAUUAUUUUACACAUUUAUAAAUGUGUAUCUGUGUAAUUAUUGAUUGUAUUCCUAUUUUACCUAAGGAUUAUUUUUAUAAUAAAAGUGAUUGUGCAGUUGCUUUACUACAUUAGUAAAGUGGUCAAAAA